GGAACGCCUGGACGGGACAGGAGAGACAAGGACUUCUCUGGCUCCCUGCCUGUGACCUUCUCCACCCUUUUCGUGUACCCUCUGGCAGCACAAUUACCAACAGACAGGUUGACUAGAGCAGAGGGCAAAGGCCAGUCUCUGCUCCUUUUAUAAAGAAGGCCCAGGUUGGCCAAGCCCACAGGGUACAGCGAGGGUGCCCUGCCUGGCCUGGUCCUAGGUGCCAGGGGUAGUGAGCAAGGGGUGCCCCGAGGAGCCUGCUGGGCGCUGAGUGAGCAUGGGGCUGCUGACGGGGGAGGCUCUGUGGACGCUGGCCGUGGCCGUGGCCGUCUUCCUGCUCCUGGUGGACCUGAUGCCCCAGGCUGCCCUGCGCUGGUCUGCACGCUACCCGCCAGGCCCCAUGCCACUGCCUGGGCUGGGCAACCUGCUGCAGGUGGACUUCCAGAACAUGCUUCACUCUUUUAACCAGCUGCGGCUCCGCUUCGGGGACGUGUUCAGCCUGCGGCUGGUCCGGACGCCUGUGGUCGUGGUCAACGGUCUGGCGGCGGUGCACGAGACGCUGGUGUACCGCAGCAACGACACCUCCGACCGCCCGCCUAUGCCCGUCUAUAAGCACCUGGGUUUCGGGCCGCACUCUGAAGGGUUGGUCCUCGCGCGCUACGGGCACGCGUGGCGCGAGCAGCGGCGUUUCUCCCUGUCCACCCUGCGCAACUUCGGCCUGGGCAAGAAGUCACUGGAGCAGUGGGUGACCGAGGAGGCCACCUGCCUCUGCGCUGCCUUCGCUGACCAUGAGGGGCGCCCCUUCAGCCCAAACGCCCUGGUGAGCAAAGCGGUGAGCAACGUGAUCACCUCCCUCGUCUUCGGGCGCCGCUUCCAGUACGACGACGCACGCUUCCGCAAGUUGCUGGACUUGAUGGAGCAGGGGCUGAAGGAGGAGACGGGCUUCCUGCGCGAGGUGCUGAACUUGGUUCCGGCGCUCCUGCAAAUCCCGGGGCUGGCUGCCAAGGUCUUCGAGGGGCAGAAGGCCUUCAUGGCCAUAAUGGAUGAGCUGAUCACGGAGCACAGGGUGGCCCGGGACCCGGCCCAGCCUCCCCGAGACCUGACCGAUGCCUUUCUGGAUGAGGUGGAGAAGGCCAAGGGGAACCCCGAGAGCAGCUUCAAUGAUGAGAACCUGCGCAUGGUGGUGUCUGACCUGUUUAGUGCUGGGAUGCUGACCACCUCGACCACGCUGACCUGGGCCCUCCUGCUCAUGAUCGUGCAUCCGGACGUGCAGCGUCGUGUCCAACAGGAGAUCGAUGAGGUGAUAGGGCAAGUACGGCCACCAGAGAUGGGGGACCAGGCCCGAAUGCCCUUCACCAUGGCCGUGGUCCACGAGGUGCAGCGCUUUGGGGACAUCAUACCACUUGGCUUGCCCCACAAGACAUCCCGCGACGUUGAAGUGCAGGGUUUUCUCAUCCCCAAGGGGACGAUGCUUAUCACCAACCUGUCAUCAGUGCUGAAGGACGAGACCAUCUGGAAGGAGCCCUUCCGUUUCUACCCGGAGCACUUCCUGGAUGCCCAGGGCCACUUCGUCAAGCCGGCGGCCUUCAUCCCCUUUUCAGCAGGCCGCCGUUCAUGCCUUGGGGAGCCCCUGGCCCGCAUGGAGCUCUUCCUCUUCUUCACCCGCCUCCUGCAGCGCUUCAGCUUCUCCGUGCCCGAGGGGCAGCCCCGCCCCAGCGACCACCCCGUCUAUGCCUUGCUGGCAACCCCGGCCCCUUACCAGCUCUGUGCUGUGCCCCGCUAGAGGGGGGUACCAAGCCCCCAGCCCACUCCUCAGCUGGGAGUCCUGAUGUACAAUAAACCAGUCUGGUGGCUCAA